CGAUCAUGCCAGCCGCUGAUCCAAUUCAUAUCUUACCUUCGAACGUGAACCUAUCGCCACCGAACUCCCCGUCGAGUACCCGCACCGACGUCGACGUCAACGUCCAUCAAACCGCGAGGGAGAGGGAUGUAUUGACGCCGCCGCAGACUCCACAUGCGACCUACGCUUGGGAUAACAAACUUUUCCUUGCGUAUUCUGAUGAGGACGACGACUACCCCUACGUCGUAGAACACCGUCCACCCACGAUCGGUCUCGGUAUCGACCUCAAUGGAGGAUUCCCCGCCGUUCGCGAUGAGGCGAGAGGGAGGAGGGAUUUGUAUCUCGGCUACCAGCCAGACGACCUAAUCCCACCGCGUGUCUCCCCACGAGGAUGCCGCGGCCAUUUAGUGUUAGAUCUGACGACAUUGUCGCACGGGAGGGCGGUGGGUUCGACCUUCCACACUAUCGCGCAUCCACGCUUUUCGUGGCAACAACUCAUGGCGGAGGUGGAGAGGGUUGUCGAGGGUCCUCCUGUAGCUGGGAAAGUGUCGACAGACAAUUCGAGGAAACCGAGGGCGAUUUGGGUCGGGUUGAGAACGGGACAGUUGAGAACGGGACAUGGAGAGGGAGAGGGUUUGGAUGGACUGCAGUGGGAGAUGGUGUGGAGGGAUGUCGAGGUUGUUAAGGUUAGGGUUGAGGUUGGGAGUCUCGAGGAGGAGAGGGGUUUGGAGUUGGAGGAGUUUGGGGAUAUGGAGUGGUGAGGGACGGC